CCCUCCCCACCCCCCUCAGAGGGAGCUGUCCGGUGCUGAAGUUGCAUUUCCUUCCUUUUUCUCUGCACGAGGACUAAAACCGGGCAGGCAGAGGACAGGCGCAGAGACUCCAGCAGAGGAGAGAGAACAAAUUACAGCCGCUCAACUCUUUCACUGGAUCAACUCACAGUUGGCACUGUCCCCCCCCCGACCCCCCCUUCCCCCCCUUUCCAUCCCCCCUGGUCAGUCGGUGUGUUACGGACGGAUCAGCACGCUGGCCAGGCCGUCGGUGACCGGCCGCGACUGCGAGUGUGUGUCGCUGCGUUUGCGAGAGCGCGCGUAGUUGUGUUUAGCGAGGGUGUGUGUGUCGGUGCCUCACCAUCAUGCCAAGGUCCUUCCUGGUGAAAAAGGUUAAACUGGAUGAUUUCUCCACCGGGGCGGAUCUAGAGAACGCCUACCGGCACAGGACAGACCUCAGCCUGCGGCUGCACGACAAAGCUGGUUACAUCAGUGACUACAUCAGCCCUGUCGUGUACGAUGGUGAGAGUGACGGUGGCAUCAAGGUACCCUCCCCUGAUCCCCUCUAUGACGGGAUCCACAGCGACUACGGGGCUCCUGACUCUGAGUCUCCCGAUAGCCCCGGCUCAGAAAUCACAGACGGCUACAUUAACGGAGACGCUGCCGUGAGCGAGGGUUACACGGUCGAUGCCUUCUUCAUCACCGACGGCCGCUCGAGAAGAAAAGUCCUGGGCAGCCCCAGGAGCAUCCAGAGGCACACCUGCAACGAGUGCGGCAAAACCUACGCGACGUCUUCCAACCUGAGCCGGCACAAACAGACACACCGCUCGCUGGACAGCAAGCUGGCAAAGAAAUGCCCCACCUGCGGGAAGGUGUACGUGUCCAUGCCCGCCAUGGCCAUGCACCUGCUCACCCACGACCUCAAGCACAAGUGCGACGUGUGCGGGAAAGCGUUCAGCCGACCGUGGCUGCUACAGGGCCACAUGCGCUCUCACACCGGGGAGAAACCGUUCGGGUGCGCCCACUGCGGGAAGGCCUUCGCAGACCGCUCCAACCUGCGGGCUCACAUGCAGACCCACUCGGCCUUCAAACACUUUAAGUGCAAACGCUGCAACAAGACCUUCGCGCUCAAGAGUUAUCUGAACAAGCACUACGAGUCUGCCUGUUUCAAAGGCCCCUUCUCUCCCCACGGCCCCUUAGAUGCAUGACAACCUAAAAUAGAUCAAACAACAGACAGAACUGCAGACAUGAAUUACCAUUAUCCUUAAAGACUGAACUGCAGACGGUAUAUUUUUGGUCAGAAUAUGACCUUGCUUUCCCUCCUUUCCCUUCUUCACUCCCCCUCUCCAGCUCCUCUCCACUUUGCCUCCCCUGGAGCCUGAUCAUGACGACAAAUAUGAUGAAGAUAGCACAAUUUUUCUCCUUGAGAUUUGCCCACUUAAGGAUUUAACUGAUCGACGCAUGCACUUCCUCAAAAACUCUACACCUCCUCUUCCUCUGUUCAGGAUAGAGACAUUAAUACUAACACUGCUUCCUCCUGGCAUCUAGAUAUAGUAUGACAGUAUAUAUUUUGGGACAAUGACGAUGAUUAUAAUGAAAAUGAUGACAAAGACAAUAGUGAACCUAUAGUUACUAGUUUUCUCACUGCAUUGGAACGCAGUAAGAUUUUCAUUCUGAUUUUGCAUUUUUGGGGGAAUAAUAGUAAUAAAAAUAGUAAUAAUGAUGAUGAUAAUAAUGCUCUGCUGCACCAAGUGACCAUAUUCUCUCCACUACUGAGGUAAAAAAUACUCUUUAUUAAUUAAUGAAUUAAUUGAUUAAUGUAUUUAUUUAUUUAUUUGAUUAUUUAACUUUUUUAUUUAUUGUACCUUUGUACUUGAUUUGAUGAGGCGAUACUAUUCUUUUGCACUUUAAUUUUUGUAUGUGUAUGCAGGAUGUUUGCCAAGCUUUUUUUUUACCACUACAGGCCAAAGCAUAUGUCACUUUUUUAAGUACUAUUCUUUAUCCCUUUUUAAGUUGUUUUCCUUUUUUUUUCUUGUUAACGUUAUUGCAUGCAAAAAACAAUAAUGAUAAUAAUAAUGAAAACCUAUGCCAACAUCAUAAAAAGCUUAUGAUUUUUGCCAAAUUCCUAUAGAUAGAACCCGAGGGCAAUAUUUUUCUCUUGGAGCCUCCAUAGGACUCUUUAAAAGCAAUAAUCACCUACUGCAUGGUAUUUUAUGAUGAAGUUAUGAAGUAUUACCUACUACUGUAUAGCAGUUUAAAAAUCAGGUAUGUUUUACUUCACCUAUAGUCAUAAACUGAAAAAAUACUAAUAUUACAGACAUCAGGGAACAUGCCAAUAUAGUGUUAGAGUAACAAAAAGAAAAGCCCUGUCUUUCCUCUCUUGUUAUGCACUGCCUGCCUCUUAGUGAGUAGAACUAAUGUAGGAUGUAGGCUAGAGAGGCUGGGAUCAGCUGCCUGCUGGGUGUGAGGCCUAUUGUAGGAUAACUAGUGCGCAAUCCUCACCGGCCCGUGCUAAGCUACACCUCAUGUUAAACAUGCCUGCAAACAGCAACCAGAGGACGCUUCAUUUGUAAGCUUCUCAGAUUGGACACUGGCAAAAUUAUGGAAGGCCGAAUUGACCCUUCAGCAUAUUGAAAACUUAUUGUCAAGCAGUCAAAAAACAUCAGAUAUUCAUCAUUUGCAAGAAACACAAUAAAUACACAAUUUGGUUAAACUGCUGAUCUAGUUGAAUUUUACAGAGACAUUCACACAAACUCACAAUCACAGGUAACAUAUAACUAUAACUAUAACUACUUUCAUUAGAAAACUGAGAUCAAGAUUGGUGCAUUGCUGAAGUUGGACUGAGGUCAACUUUGACUGCAAUGCAUUAUUCAGACACCCCUCCAGAGCACUUCCUCGCCAUAAACCGUGCAUUCUUAAACCACAGAAGUAGCAUGCACUUUGCCUGGAUGGUCUGAUUACAGUUCAGCUGUUACAGUCUCAUACAGUAGCCGCAUGAGACCGAGUCCUGAUUAUUCUGCAGUAGGCCCCGUACAUCCCCACUGGGCCGACCAUGGGCUUACUCUAUGAGUGUUAUUCCUACAGACAGGCUAACUCUAAUCAACUCUGACCCCGUCAAAUAAUUUAUCUCGUAAUUUAGGUGGUCAACACCAGUGUUGCUGAACCCAGUUCUCUGCAGCUCAGAAACCUUUUCUACAGAUUCAUGGAGCUUCCCAAGAGACAGACUGAGGACACGCACAGAUAUUCGCAAAAUAUCAAGUGUUGUUUUUUAUGUUAGUCUGCAAUGCAAAACUGUUUUUCCAUGUUGUGAGACUGUACAGAAACAUUCAAUUAGUACGUGUGCACAAGUGCAUGGGUGCAUGCAAGCACACAGUGCCUG